CAACAACUUCACCUCCGCUCCACCCCCCUUCUCUCUUCUCGCCGCCCGAUCGCAGAGAUGGCGCUCAACAAGAAGGACGAGGACGAUGCCGGCAUUGUCAAAGUCGACCGCACUUCUGUCUUCCAAGAAGCCCGAGUCUUCAACACAUCUCCGAUCUCCCCGCGAAAAUGUCGAAUCCUCCUUACCAAACUCGCCCUUCUCCUCUUCACCGGCGAAAAGUUCCCCACCAACGAGGCCACCUCUCUCUUCUUUGGCAUAUCCAAGCUGUUCCAGAACAAAGAUGCCUCGCUACGUCAGAUGGUCUACCUGGUCAUCAAGGAGCUUGCGAACACGGCCGAGGAUGUCAUCAUGGUCACAAGCUCCAUUAUGAAGGACACAGCGGUCGGCAGCGACGUAGUCUACAGGGCCAAUGCUAUUCGCGCGCUGUGCAGAAUUAUCGAUGCUUCUACAGUGCAAGCGAUUGAGAGGAACAUCAAGACUGCCAUCGUAGACAAGACGCCUUCGGUCUCCUCCGCAGCUCUGGUCUCCAGUUACCAUUUGCUGCCUAUUGCGCGAGACAUUGUGAGGAGGUGGCAGAGCGAGACUCAAGAGGCUGCCUCGUCAAACAAAUCGAGUGGAGGGUUCAUGGGUUUUGGAGGCUCUUCACAACAUCUCCCGGCCAACACGAAUUAUAUGACACAAUACCACGCUAUUGGUCUGUUGUACCAGAUGAGGAGCCACGAUCGCAUGGCUUUGGUCAAGAUGGUGCAGCAAUACUCCGCUGCUGGAGUCGUAAAGAGCCCGGCGGCGAGGGUGAUGCUUGUGCGAUUGGCUGCCAAAUUGGCUGAGGAUGACCCAAGCCUGAGGAGACCAAUGAUGAAGCUUUUGGAUGAAUGGCUGCGGGACAAGAGCGAGAUGGUUAACUUUGAAGCUGCCAAAGCAAUUGGGGAGAUGCCAGACUUGACGGAUGCCGAGACAGGUCAGGCGAUCCAUGUGCUGCAGCUGUUCUUGACCAGCCCACGCGCUGUCACCAAAUUCGCGGCGAUUCGGAUUCUCCACCAAUUCGCCUCGUUCAAGCCGGAUGCUGUGCGACAAUGCAAUCCAGACAUUGAGAGCCUUAUUUCGAACUCGAACCGAUCCAUUGCUACAUUCGCUAUCACGACGCUCCUCAAGACUGGUAACGAGUCCUCGGUCGAUCGUCUCAUGACACAGAUCAGCACAUUCAUGUCAGAGAUUACGGAUGAGUUCAAGGUCACCAUUGUCGAAGCCAUCCGGACCCUAUGCUUGAAAUUCCCCUCCAAACAAGCGCGUAUGCUCACUUUCCUCUCCGGUAUCCUUCGCGACGAAGGUGGCUACGAGUUCAAGCGAAGUGUAGUGGAGAGCAUGUUCGACCUGAUCAAAUUCGUGCCAGAAGCUCGGGAUGAGGCUCUUGCACAUCUCUGCGAGUUCAUCGAGGACUGCGAAUUUACCAAACUGGCUGUCCGUAUCCUACAUGUCCUCGGUAUGGAAGGGCCAAAGACUGCACAGCCUACGAAGUACAUUCGCUACAUCUACAACCGAGUGGUCCUCGAAAACGCGAUCGUACGAGCAGCCGCCGUCACAGCACUUGCGAAAUUCGGCGUCGGGCAGAAGGAUCCAGAAGUAAAGAAGAGUGUCGGCGUCCUGCUCAAGCGAUGUCUGGAUGAUACUGAUGAUGAAGUUCGCGAUCGUGCUGCAUUGAACUUGCGCUUGAUGAAGGAUGAGGAUGACGAUUUCUCAGGACGCUUUGUCAGAAAUGACUCGAUGUUCUCCCUUCCGGUUUUGGAGGAUCAGUUGGCACACUAUGUGAAUGGCGGCUCAGCUGAGGCCUUUGCCAACCCAUUCGACUUCUCUAACGUUCCAGUUGUCACUCGAGAGCAGUCUCUCGCCGAAGAUCGGACGAAGAAGCUCACUACGGCCACUCCUACGCUCAAAGCCCCAACUAUCGGACCCAAGAAAACAGACACGUCUGCCGCGGAGGCUGCGGCUCAAGCGACCGUGGCUACGCAGAAAUACGCUUCGCAGCUUGGAGCUAUUCCCGAAUUCUCAUCAUAUGGCGGCGUCCUCAAAUCAUCACCUGUCGUUGAGCUUACCGAAUCUGAAACGGAAUACGUCGUGUCUGCGGUCAAGCACUUGUUCAAGGAGCAUGUCGUCAUCCAAUUCGACAUCAAGAACACUCUGGCCGAUUAUGUCCUUUCCGAUGUGUCCGUCAUCUGCACACCUUCAUCCCCUGAUGAGGAAGAAGAGACGCCUCUCGUGGAUGAUGGCUUCGUCAUUCCUGUGGAGCUGCUGAAAUCUGAGGAGCCUGGCACUGUAUACGUUUCAUUCUCGCGGCCCGAAGGACAAUUCGUUGCCGCAUCAUUCACCAACGUCCUGAAAUUCACCCUCAAGGAGAUUGAUCCGGCGACCGGUGAGCCAGAAGAAGGUGGCUACGAAGAUGAGUACCAGACCAACGACCUCGAGCUGGACGGAUCGGAUUACGUGGUGCCUGCCUUUGCUGGAUCAUUCGACAACAUUUGGCAAGGUCUGCCAGAUGCAGAGGAGGCGAGCGAGACUCUGCAACUCAGUCAUGCGAAGAGCAUAUCCGAAGCGGUGGAGCUCCUUGUUAAAGCCCUAGGCAUGCAACCACUCGAGGGCUCCGAGGUUGCGUUAUCGACAAGCACACACACAUUGAGAUUAUACGGCAAAUCAGUCACAGGUGGAAAGGUCGCUAGUCAGAUCAGAAUGGCGUUCUCGGCGAAGAGCGGCGUUACGGUGAAGAUCACAGCGAGGUCCGAGGAAGAGGGCCUUGCUGCGUUGGUUGUCGGAGGUGUAGCGUGAGUGUUAUCUAUGGCCCGAUGAGUCGGGCUGGCAUAAAUGAGGGAGAGCGUGCCGGACAGCUUGGUGUACACAGGCGUCGAGGCGCAUCAUUGAUAAGGAGGAUUGAGAUGAAUUAGCGUGGAGACUGCAGGGCUUUUCUGGGUUUGCUGCUUUUCCAGAGACAGGCAAGAGAAAAGCAGAGUGCGAGAAGCGCGUUAGAUUUUGUUGAACAUGCUUACCAUUUCAAUUAUUGCUGAGUGCUGAGUGGUCGUGAUGCGAAGUUGAUGACGGCACAUAAGCCACUGGCCGUCUGUUCGUCUCAGGAUAUCUCAACCUCUUGCAAUUUACAACUCAUCGUCCCAUCAUGGCCAACCUUGCAGGGUGUAUGUCGCCGUCAGCUACGCCAGCAGCAGCAGUAGCAUCACCGCUGGACUCCACCUUCUUUUCCUUUCGCUCCUUCCCUCCCCGGUCUUUCCCACCCUCCUGUCUCUCCUUCUUCGCCUUCUCCUUCUUCUCCAACUCCGCCCUCCGCUCUCUUUGCUCAUUUAACCUAACAUUCUUCUCUCGAAUCCUCUCUUUCCUCUCCCCACUUUUCCCUCCACCCCCACCAGCCGUCAAUUCCACAUUAAUCCUCCUCGCCGUAUCCUUCUUCCCUUUACCCUUUCCAGCCCCACCAUUUCUCCGAUCAGGAUGCAUCCCACUCUCAUCUUCUUUCCCCGGCGCAGUAGGGUCAGGCACCACUUCCCCGCGAUCUAUCGCUUCCGGGUCAAAGAGACUGUGAUGGAAGACUUUGAGACAUGUUUUCAUUCGAUCAUAAUUUUCGAAUUCUAGGAAUGCAAAGCCUUUGGAUUUUUUCGUUUUGGGAUCGGUGCGGUGGCGGAGGGUGAAGGGUUGGAGUUUGGCGAAGUGCUUUUCGAGACUGGAGUCGGUGGUUUUGUAGGGGAGAUUGCCGACGAAGACAAUGAAGCGGGACUUUUUGGGAGGUGCUGCGGUGCCAUCGGAUGUAGUGGCUGGUGUGGACUUCUUCGUCUUUUGCCGUUUCUUUUUGGGAGGUUGUGUGGAUGAUGCUGUUGCAGGUUCGGCGGUGUCGUUCGCAGACGCGGAUGCUAGCGUGGGGUCCGCGGUCGUGUCAGAGAAGAGCUCGCCGGCUUUGCGCUUUUUCGAAGGUUUCGACUCGGUGGGCUCUACGGCUUGCUCAGGCGCAUCAUUGUUCGUGUCGUCGUCUUGCUGAGGAAGCGCAUCGGGUUCAGCGACUUCCCUGUGCUUUCGCUUCUUGCCCUUUUGCUGCGCUCGCUCGGCAUCGCGGAGGGCCUUCUUGUCUUUUCGCGACAGUGCACUCUCUUCCUGAGACAUUGCGGGCAGAUAUGUUGGACUCGAUUUCAAUAUCGAGGAUCUUUCUCCAGCAG